AUGAACGAUUUGAGGCAGCAGCCAAGUUGGGUAGUUUUCUUGGGUAAGUUUCACAGGUUUGAAGUUGGUGAAGGUGACAAGGGGUGGGAGUUGAUAGUGAGUGGAGAGAGAAUUCAAGGUGAGGGAAAGAGCUCAAUGGCUUCGCUUUCUAGAGCAAUAACACUCACAAAAAUGUGUGUCUCCCAUGUGCCUCAACGCUAUGUUCUCCCUCCCUCUCACCGCCCAAACACUUUUCCCCCCCUUAUGAACCACCGCCUUCCUAUCAUAGAUCUUUCCUCUUUACUGAAUCCUUCUCUUAGAUCUCAGACGAUGGAUGAGAUUCGCAUUGCUAGCAAGGAAAUGGGAUUCUUUCAGGUGAUCAAUCAUGGGGUUCCUCCUUCAGUCGUGAAAGGUGCCCUAGAUGCUGCGGUGGAGUUUUUUAACUUGUCCAUGGAGGAAAAAAUGGUUCAUGCAUCUGAUAAUGUUCAUGAGCCAGUCAGAUAUGGGACGAGCAUGAAUCAUGUUAAGGAUGAGUUUCAGUUCUGGAGGGACUUCAUAAAACAUUACUCCCAUCCACUUUCAAGUUGGAUUCAUCUCUGGCCAUCGAAUCCUCCAAGUUACAAAAAAAAGAUGGGAAGCUAUACAAAGGCGAUGCAAGUUCUACAAAAACAACUAAUGGAAGUUGUCCUGGAAAGCUUAGGGCUAAACCCUAAUUACUUGCAAGAUGAAGUGGAAAGCGGCUCGCAAGUUCUGGCCAUAAACUGCUAUCCGGCAUGCCCCGAACCGGAGCUCACGUUAGGCAUGCCGCCGCACUCAGACUUUGGCUUCCUGACCGUUUUACUGCAAAGCUGCCCUGGCCUGCAAGUCCUGGAUCACAAUCACAACUGGCUCUCAGUUCCUGUUGUUGAAGAUGCUCUUAUAGUUCAGUUGGGCGACCAAUUGGAAGUAAUGAGCAACGGCCAAUACAAGAGUGUUGUUCAUCGAGUGACAGUUAGUUCAGAGAAGAAAAGGUUUUCAAUUGCAAGUCUUCACAGUUUGGCAUUGGACAAGAAAAUAGGGCCUGCGGAGAAGCUGGUGGACCAAGAGCAUCCAGCUGCCUACGAGGAAUUUAGCUUCAAAGAUUUUCUGGAUUACAUCUCAAACAAUGAUAUCACGACGGGUAAAAGGUUCAUUGAUAGCCUGAAGAAGAAGAAUCAUCCAUGAAAAAUGUGGAAGUAGGGAUUAAGGCCUAUCCUAGCUAUAGCUAUGUUCCUCUCAAUUUCUCUCUUCAUCUUCUUCGUUUAGCGUAUUAUGUAUUAUCAAGUAGUUUUUGUUUUAAUUAGUCAGUUUGGGGUCCAUGCUGAUCCAUAGGCAUGUUUAGCUAAUGACUGAUUAUA